CAGGUAAGGGGCUCGGGUUCUGAGCCGGCGAGGCCGCCGCUACCCUCCUGCAGCCAGCUUGAGGCGCCGAUAGAGGCCACUGGGCUCGGGCAUGGGGUGCGCGGGAGGCUGAGGCUUCCUGCCAGGGGUGGGGGUGCUUGGCCAAUCAUCCGGCUGGGGUUGGUAAGUAUUUUUUUUUCGGGUGCUGCGGAGAAAAGGCCUCAGUCAUACCGGGCAAGCCUUAAACCUGAAAUAUACUCCUAUCCUUUAUGCAUCUUUUAAAAACAGCAGUUCGGUGCUUUUGUGGAUGUGUUUUAUUAGGGAUCCGAAGUAUCAUAACUGGAUACUUCAGAAACAAACAAAAACCAGCCCAGAGAUUUUGCUCUCAGAAUGUCAAACGUUUAGAGAUUUUUAAGACGAUCCACUGCCCCGGACCUUCCGGCUCAAGUCGUGGAUCGUUGUGCGGUGGGUGAAAAAAAUAGUUUUUGCUUGAUGACUGCUGGGUACUUUGAAACUUGUCAGUUUGCCCUGGUUUUCUCUGCAUUAGACUGGUUAAAUCUGGUUAAAUCUUGGACCUGAUGAAUGCUGACUGAGGUAAAUAUUUAGAUCUUCCUAAAAAAAAAAAAGUGACAUAUUUCUAUUUCCUAACUAGUAACGACAGGUGAAAACAGUUAUUAUUUUUACAAAAUAUAGUGUAUUUUAAAUGAUUUCAUCAUUGGAAAAAUGUCUUUAUUGUUAAAUUUUCACUAAUUAGAUUUUCAUUACUGUUGCAGUACCCUGAGCAACGCCCUAAUUGCUAAUGUUUUGCUUUAUUUGCAUCAGAUAACGAACCUGCAUCUGCCUUUCAUUUAAGUAGCUUCCUGAUGUCAUCUGAUAAAAUUAUCUGUAUAUUUAAAAUGCAUUUGCCUUGUUUGUGGUCUAAUACUUAUUUUCUUCCCCUCUAGGAAAACACAUAAUAGAUUGUAUUUUUCCCCCUUCUUCUGUGAACUUAGUGUAAACAUGCUUUUUUCUGUUUGAAUUUAGUUUUUAAAAAUCAUUACCAUAGAUUCUUAUCAAAUAUAAGAAACAGGGGUAGUAAAACUAUGAGUUGUGGAAAGGAGUUCGUGGAAACAUUGAAAAAAAUUGGUUAUCCUAAAGCUGAUAGUCUUAAUGGAGAAGAUUUUGACUGGCUGUUUGAGGCUGUUGAAGAUGAGUCAUUUUUGAAAUGGUUUUGUGGGAAUGUGAAUGAACAGAAUGUAUUGUCUGAAAAAGAAUUGGAAGCUUUCAGCAUCCUUCAAAGAUCAGGCAAGCCCAUCUUAGAAGGAACAGCGUUGGAUGAAGCUCUUAGAACAUGUAAAACUUUCGAUUUGAAGACACCUACACUGGAUGACACAGAGAUACAGAAAUUAGAGGAUGAGGUUCAAACUCUGCAGAAAUUAAAGAACUUAAAAAUUCAGCGACGGAAUAAAUACCAGUUGAUGGCUUCUGAAACUAGCUACAAAUCUCUGGCGUUAAAUGCUAAACAAGAGGAAGCUACUAAGAAGCUGAAACAGAGUCAGGGAUUCCUGAAUACUGUAAAUACUAAGCUCAGUAAUGAACUUCAGGUUCUCACUGAUGGAGUUAAUAAUUUGAUGAUGUUCUUCAGAAAUUCUAAUUUAGGUCAAGGGACAAAUCCAAUGGUAUUUUUAUCUCAGUUUUCCUUGAAAAAAUAUAUAAGCCAAGAAGAGCAGAGCACGGCAGCCUUAACCUUAUAUACCAAAAAGCAGUUCUUUCAGGGUAUACAUGAAGUAGUUGAAAGUUCAAAUGAAGAAAAUUUUCAGCUCUUAGAUAUACAAACACCAUCUAUUUGUGAUAAUGAAGAAAUCCUUGGGGAGAGACGGCUGGAGAUGGCGAGGCUGCAGAUAGCAUACAUCUGUGCCCAACAACAGAUCAUAUACUUGAAAACGAGUAAUUUGAGCAUGAAGUCAAGUAUAAAAUGGGCAGAAGAGAACCUUCAUAGCCUAACCAGCGAGGCUAUUGGUAAAGAAAAUUUGGAUGCUAAAAUUUCUAGCUUGAACAGUGAGAUUCUAAGACUUGAAGAACAAAUCACUCAUAUAAAAGACAAAAUUUUGCCUGCUGUGGUAAAAGAGAAUGCCCAGUUAUUGAACAUGCCAGUUGUAAAGGGAGAUUUUGAUCUGCAGAUUGCGAAACAAGAUUAUUAUACAGCGAGACAAGAGUUAGUUUUAAAUCAGUUGAUAAAGCAGAAGGCUUCAUUUGAGCUUGUACAGUUAUCAUAUGAAAUUGAGUUGAGAAGACAUUGGGAUACAUAUCGGCAACUUGAAAAUUUGGUUCAACAACUUAGUCAAAGAAAUGUGCUCUGUCGGCGAUUAGCAACUUUAACAGGUCCAUCAGCAUCUGAGCAGUUAAACUCCAGGACUCCCAUCGACGCUAAAGAUGAUUCUGCUCAUAGGCUUUAUCAGCUUUUAAAAGGAGACAAUAAGAAAAAAGAAUUGUUUAUAACCCAUGAACACCUGGAGGAAGUAGCUGAGAAAUUGAAACAAGAUAUUUCUCUAAUACAAGAUCAUUUGGUAGUAUCUACUCAAGAACAUUUUUUCUUUCUGUCCAAACUGAAUAACGAUGUGGACAUGCUUUGUGAUGCUUUGUAUCAUGGAGGAAACCAGCUAUUGCUUUGUGAUCAGGAGUUAAUGGAGCACUUUCAUCGAGUUGAAUCUAAGUUGAAUAAACUAAAUCAUCUCCUUACUGAUAUUCUUGCUGAUGUGAAGACAAAAAGAAAAAUUUUGGCAAUUAAUAAGUUGCAUCAAGUGGAAAGAGAAUUAUACGUAUAUUUUUUUAAAGAUGAAGACUAUCUGAAAGAUAUUGUGGAAAAUUUAGAAAACCAGUCAAAGAUUAAGGCCUCUGGUCUUAAAGAUUGAAGAUUUCUAAAAACUGAAUCUUUACGAUGCUUGCUGUGCUUCAAUUUAAGUAUUAGGAGGCUAUUUCUAAUAAACACUAAUAAACUAAUAAGGAAAAUAAAUUUCUUUUACAUUUAUGAGGGGGAGGGAUGCGUGUAUGUAUAGUCUCGUACAUUAUUGUGUACCAUGAUGAAUAUGUGAAGGUUAGAGAAUGUCUUGCAGGAAUUGUGUUAUCCUUCUAUCAUCUAGGGAUGGAAAUCAGGUCAUCAGUCUUGGUGGCAGUGAUUAACCCGUCUCAUCAGCCUCAGUGCUAAGUUUAUAAAUUUAAGAUCAACAGAACAUUUUAUUAGAUUCAGUGUCAAGUUGAACUUCCUUAAUCUGAAAUUUUUAAAUACUUCCAAAAUCUGAAACUUUAUAAACAACUGGGAUGUUUCUCAAGUAAAAAAUUCUACAUAUGAUCUUACAUGACAGGUCAGAGUCACAAAAUACAUAAAUUAUAAAACUAC